CACAAAAGCGUAAAAACAUGCAGGAAUGCAGCCUCCAGUGAUAAUCAUAAUGAGAAGAUUGGAAUGCGAUGGUGAUGUCGUGUAGAUGAGAGUCACCUGAGGAUGCUGCACGACUUUCGACCUUUGCAUCACUAUAUUAGCUGAUGGAGACCCCCAAAUUCACGAAUGUGGUUAAGAGGAGUUGACGUUCAACGCGAAGAAAGGAACAAAAUUACAUCUGAGGGUUUAAAAUGACCUCAGCACAACAUGAGUUUGUGCCACUGUGCGACGUCCUCUUCAACAUCAUCUCCCUUGCAUCGUACUUUUGCGACGUCGUGUUCGACGCCGUCAUGGUGUACGCCCUUUACCAGCAGGGUCAUCUGCUGUGGUGCGUCCUAUCCUUGACCUUUGUGCUGACCUCGAAUCUCCUCUGCCAAAUCAUGUCACUACGAUGGUACCUCCAAAACACCCAAAAGCGCUCGGAGAAAGAGUGCAACAGGAGCAGCAUGGUGAUCCUGCACCUGAUGCAGUGUGGCAUCCUCUGGCGCUAUUUCAAGCUUUUCAUCCCUGUCGACAUGCGAUACAUCAAGCAUGAGGUUCGAGACCUCUGCAUGCUGCGGCUCUUGCACGCGUUUUGCGAAGCAGCGCCCAUGCUGCUUACCCAGCUUUAUCUCUUUUGGGAGAUGGUGUCGCCUAAAGAGUUUUCCGACCUUAAUAAGGUAUCAAUCGCGCUGAGUUUAUUCUCUGUGUGCUGGGCCUUAGCCUCAUUUAGCAAGAAUGUUCGUCUACAAAACGUCCAUCGCCUUAUGCUCACCUGGUUGGGUGUGAUUUUCCAAUUUUUGUGGCGCCUUGGAACCGUCUCUGCCCGAGUUACAUCACUCACUGUUUACGCCACCGUAUACCAACAGUGGGUGCUGCUAGUGAUUAUUAUGCAUUGGCUCACCAUGUUUCUCUGGCUCAUCUUCCCAAGAAAUGUCUUUCAUGGAGAAAAAAUCUCCAAGUCGCGCAAAGUGACCCUGUCAGCGCUUGUCGCUUUAGUCUACGUGUUUUGCUACAUCAAUCUGCAAGAGCAGAAGCCUCGCCGCAAAAUGAUUAUCUUCUAUGUGGUCAUGUUUCUGGAAAAUUCCCUUCUUGUGUCCAUGUGGCUCAUCGGAGUGCAAGGAGUCUCACUCUGGUACAGGGAUAAUGUGCUGAUGCUCAUCUUCCCCGCAUUUGCAUUCGGAAUUUUUUUCAUGCUGAUUUACUACAAAUUCUUCCAUGUUAAACGCCUGCUCCAUACGCAGUCAAACCAAAGCAUUUCUGACCGGAAAACUACCAACGGCUGCCUUCAACGACCGGCACUGCCGCCCAACUGCAACAGCGGCCUGCCGGUGCCUGGUGGCGUCUUCAACUGCCGCUUCAAUCCGGCCAUGAAGCGGAAAAAGAAGAAACCUACCAGUUUUGUGCCUGUGCCAGUGAUGCCGUCGGUGGUGCGACCGCCAAUGCAGCCGUUCUGGAAACGGCCGGUGGCCGCGGUGCUGCCCAGCAUCUCAAGCGAGACCGAAGGCUCCGUGUGCUCGCGGGGCGUCAACAUCCGGCAGAAGUUGCAGGAAAAGAAGCAGCAGCAAAUGGCUGAGCUACGCGUGAUCGAGGAGGAGAUCCAGCAGGGCAAGCUGCAGCAGCGGCCGAAUAACGAGCAGCCACUCAGCCAGCCCAUCCCCAGGGCCAAGAAGCAGCCGUGGCCGGCGUGUAGGCCCUACCUGGUGCCGCCACCGCCUCCUCACAAGCAGCACAGAGCGCACACACCCGAAAUCUUGUUGGCACCCCGCUUCCUCGAUUACCGGGACUGGGACGAGGAGGAGGAAGCCGACAGUUCGGAGGAGAGGCGCCAUGAGAAAGCACUGUAUAAGUCGUACAGGAUUCCGUCCGACAUAGAUAGCCAAAUCUCGUUGCCCCGCUCUUACACACUCCCUAGGGAAUUCAAGUACUACAGGAGAACGCGGAGCAGGAAGAUUAUUAAAUCUGAUCAUUUCAUCACUUCCAACAAUUCUAGUGACGGUGACGUAGAUUCAGUAGACGAAAACGAGGUAGAUGAGCUGCAGCAAAGAAAAUCGCCCAAGCCCCAGGGAAUCUCGAUUCGCACAAUAAAAAGCAGACCUUACCAUCAGAACUUCAAAGGGUACAGCUGUCGGAACACACAUGAAACUCAACUGUAAGAUAUUUGUACAAACGCCAUAACAUUGAAUACUCUCUUUAUUUAUUUGUCUAUAACUCUGUAUAAGGAUUAUCACAGUACACAUCAUAUGUAAACAGCAAUCAAACAUUUUCAUGUCUAUUGAAGGAGGGCUGCUAUCACUUGCUCAAGGAUAGAAAAUGUACUUACAAAAACUUCCUCUUUGAAUGCUAAUUAUCUUAACGUUAUUCCAUUUUAUGCCAGCUGUGCCUAACUUUAUUAUAUUGACAUUGAUAAUAUUAUACUGAAAAUUUUCUUAAUCGCUUUUCCGUAUUAUGAAAAUACAAAGAAAGAUUUAAUUUACUCAAGUAUACAAAAUAUAAUAGUUUGUAAAUGUCUAUAAUCCAUCCAUGUAAUAAGACUGAAUUAUUUUUAAGUGGCUAAACGUAAUUAUUCAAUGAUAAUUUGUGCCUUUAUGAUGAAACAAUUGAUAGCGAAAUUGUCAAAGCGUGCGGCAUUUUUUUCUAAAUCUAUAUUUUAAAAGAAAAAUAAAAAUAUUAUUCUUUUUCGCA